AUGCUACACAUGAAACAAAGGACUAUGAAAAAUGACUCUUCAGUGUCAGAGUUCAUUCUUUUGGGACUGACAGACCAACCUGAGCUCCAGCUGCCCUUAUUUGUUCUGUUCUUGGUGAACUACACAGCCACUGUGUUUGGAAAUGUAAGCUUAAUGAAUCUCAUUUGUCUAAACUCAAACCUUCACACACCCAUGUACUUUUUUAUCUUCAAUCUAUCCUUCAUUGAUUUCUGUUAUUCACUUGUCUUCACACCAAAAAUGCUGAUGAGUUUUGUUUUAGAGAAGAACAUCAUUUCCUUCAAAGGAUGUAUGACUCAACUGUUUUUCUUCUGUGUUUUUGUGAACUCAGAGAGCUAUGUGCUGACAGCAAUGGCCUAUGAUCGCUAUGUGGCCAUCUGUCAGCCUCUGUUGUACAAAGUUGUUAUGUCCCCCAAGACAUGUUGUAUGUUGAUAUUUGGUUCUUACAUAAUGGGGUUUGCUAGUGCCAUAGUUCACACAGGGUGUAUGAUCAGGCUCAGCUUUUGUGAUUCUAACAUCAUCAACCACUACAUGUGUGACAUCUUUCCUCUCCUCCAGCUCUCCUGCAGUAGCACCUAUGUCAAUGAACUUCUGAGCUCUGUUGUAGUGGGGACAGCUAUCAUUUUAUGCUGCCUCAUUAUCUUUAUCUCAUAUGUUAUGAUUCUUUUCAAUAUUAUUCAUGUGUCCUCAGGUAAGGGUUGGUCCAAAGCCUUGGGCACUUGUGGGUCUCACAUUAUAACUGUUAGUCUCUUCUAUGGCUCUGGGCUACUGGCUUAUGUCAAGCCAUCAUCUGCUGGGUCUGUGGGCCAGGGAAAAUUCUUCUCAGUGUUUUAUACCUUAUUGGUGCCCAUGUUGAAUCCUCUCAUUUACAGCCUUAGAAACAAGGAUGUCAAACUUGCUGUGAAGAGAACCUGGAAGAGAUUAGCAAACUGA